AUCGAAAAAAUGCGAUCACCGUCGUCCGUCCGCCGUCAAAAAUGACAAGAUUCCACCAAAUGGAAAGCAAUGGCGAGCAGAUAAAAACGUUCAUUUUCGGCAACAAAACCAAGCAGAACCCCACGGACGGAAGCGAAACGUUGAAAAUUUUGAUCCCGGAGCUGCUGUUACCCGGAUAUUCCUUCUACACCUGGCCGUCUGCUCAAGUUUUGGCGUGGUUUCUGUGGGAACGACGACUGUCCUUGCCGAACAAGCGUGUGCUGGAGCUGGGAGCUGGAACAUCCCUGCCCGGAAUAGUCGCAGCCAAGUGUGGUGCUCACGUAACACUGAGCGACUGCAGCACUCUACCGAAGACCCUCCAGCACAUACAGCGGUGCUGCCGGUUGAACAGUCUUACUCCCGGGAAGGACAUCGAGGUGGUUGGAUUGACGUGGGGACUGUUUUUGGAUCAGAUCUUUCAGCUGGGCCCGAUUGACUUCAUCAUCGGAUCGGACAUUUUCUACGAUCCGUCGGUUUUCGAGGACAUCCUGGUGACGGUGUCGUUUCUGUUGGAGGCCAAUCCUCAAGCAAGGUUUCUUGUUGCCUAUCAGGAGCGGAGCUCGGACUGGUGUAUUGAAACGCUGCUGAAGAAGUGGGGCCUCCAGUGUAACAUCGUGGACACGGAGCAUCUGGGAUCCGAGCUUGGAAUCGAUUCGCAGGAGUUGAUGGGCAAUCAUACCAUCCAUCUGCUGGAAGUUACGAGGCGAUCUUGAAACCCUUCGCUCAACUAAACUCAGAAAACUAGGAUAGUUCCGUAAGAACCAUGUCUUCCUCAGCAGGAUUCAAUGCUCUGGCACGCGGUGUUCAAAAGCUGUUCGUCGGUAAUCUGCCGUGGACGGUCAGCACCAAGGAGUUGCAGGUCUACUUUUCCAAGUAUGGACAUGUUCAAUCUUCGAACGUAAUCUACGAUAAGACGACCGGGUUGAGCCGUGGUUAUGGGUUUAUUGUGUUCAAUACCCGUGAUGGGUACAGUAAUGCUACCAAUAAGGCUUACCAUUCGCUGGAAGGCCGGGUGCUUGAUGUUCAGCCGGCGUCGUCUUAGGAUGAGGGCAAUCUACUAGUGCCUAUGUUCAAAAUAUUGUUAGCAUAAUUGGAUUUAGCAAUAAAUCACUCAAAAGUA